AUGCUUCUGUCUCUGAAUCACCUUCCGGACGAGAUCCUUCAUUCGAUUCUAUGCCACUCGCACCCUCGCUCCUGUGUUGCCCUUGAACAAACCAGUCGUCGCUUCGAAAAUGUGACCAACGAGCCUUUGCUAUGGCGCCACUACUGCCAAAUCCAUUAUAAGUCCUGGGAUAGGAACCAUGGAAUUCUUGGAAAGCUUGCGAGUCCCGUGUCGACAGUCGACUGGAAAGCGCUGUUUGUCCUGAGAUACCGAAUCGAUCGCUCCGCCACUCAGCUUCUUGAUAGUAUUCUUGCUAGCCAAACAGGGCGUAUCGAGAAAUUCCGAGCCGUCAUUGAUUUCGGAUACGAUGCGAAAGAUACACUUUUGCGACACAGCGAAGUGGAGUCCGGAGAAGAUCACCUUGCACGCAGUUAUUAUGCCCGAGCACUGUUGACCUGCCUCCACAGAAGCAUUGCUGUUCCCGAAUGGGCUAAACUCAGGCGCGGAGAACCAGUAUCGCUUGAGCGCGCAUUGGGCGCCUUCGAUCUGUUCAUCCCGGAGAGCGGAUACGGAGACUUGGAUGAGAUACGGGACAUGUUGGAUACGAUUUUUGACCACUUCAUUGCAUCCCAUCCCGACUUUGACACCCUCAGCCCCCGUGAGAAAGCUCUAGAACUUGCGCGAUGGCUGCAAGUGAACGAUCUCACCGGAAUCGAGGCAGGACGGGAGUAUCAUUCCCUGGAGCACAAUUUUCUGGGACUGGCUCUACGGAGGCCCCCGCACAACUCGCUGCCGUUGAUCUCGGCUGCCAUAUAUUGUUACGCAGCGCAGAAGCUGGGUCUAAAUGCCCAUCCUUGCGGGUUUCCAUUCCACGUUCAUGUCGUCAUCACCCCACGUCCGGGAUAUGAUAUGAGCGGCAACGCUCUGGCUGAUGCGGAGCAAGGUUCGCCAAUGUAUCUGGAUCCAUUCCGAGGAGCAAGAGAGACCCCCGUUUCCGAUUUACGAGACCAACUAGUCUUUCUCGGUGUGUCAGAUCAGACUGAGUUUCUGGGCGAUGCUUUGGCCUCGGAUAUUGUCUUGCGCUGCAGCAAAAACAUUCUGAACUCUAUCCAUUCCGCGUCUACUCACCCGGGCGUGGGAACUACCUCGAUGGACGUGGUGAGUGCCAAGUACGCGGCCUUGUGGUCUUCAAUGCUACUCUCGGGUGAUUCGCGCCCGAUGGACCUACGGCAUCAAUUGCCAUGGCUAAUGGAACUGUUCGCUACCGAUUUCCCGUCCGAUAUAUUCUUGGUGGAGCAGUACAUUGUGCCUCUGUUUCACGGACUUUUUGAGCAUGAGCACAUACUGGAAAGUCUCCACGUCAUGCGCGCAGUCGAUGAAAUACCCAAGCAGGUGCGCAGGCGGACUGACGAGAAUAAGAACAUUCGAUAUAUGGUCGGCCAGGUCUUUCGGCAUCGUCGCUAUCACUAUCGGGCUAUCAUCACCGGGUGGGAUUCUGAAUGCGGCGCGGGAGAACAGUGGAUGAGGCGAAUGGGAAUUGAUCGCCUGCAAGCUGGCCGACAUCAGAGUUUCUAUCACGUUCUGGUUGAGGAUCGAAGUGUCCGCUACGUGGCCGAGGAGAAUAUCGAACUCAUUCUCCCUCGCUUCGCCGAUUUACCACCAAGUUUGACUGCCAUCGCAGGGAAGCAUUUUAAACGGUGGGAUGAAGUUACGCGGGCGUUUGUUAGUAACGUGAAGGAUGAGUACCCUGAUGAUUAG